UCAGAGGUAACGAAAAAAGAAAAUAAAAGAAAAAAAAUGGAAAAAAAUGGAGCAGAUAAAAGAGUGGCGUUCUUGAGCGUUGCUAAAACUAGUCCCAGAAAUGGCAAAAACCGCUCUUUGACGCUAAUCUUUUACUUUUCGAAGCUUCUUUUAAUAAUCUGGCAAACUAGGGUUUCUGUUUUGCUUCUGCGUCGUCUUUCCCAUGCUUCGCUGAGUUCUUCAAUGUCUCGUUGUUUUUGGAUUUUGUUGAUCUUCAUCCCUUUGUUUUCCGAUUUUGGAUGAUGCAUUUAAUUUCAUAGCGAUGGAAAGCUUUGGAGGGUCUGGGUAUGAUGUUGGUAGCUGUGGUGUAAGGAAGAAAAGGAGUAAUGCAUCUCGUAGACCCCGCCUUGAUUCACAUACACUUUUGCAGAGCUACAAUUUGCUGCCAUCAUCCACACAACCUCUCAAUAAUGGAAGCCAUGAUAAAAAUUAUUAUAAAAGGGAUACUUUUGUUGUUUCUAAUGGAUUAGGAAGUGAAAACAAGCUGAAAAAGUUGAAACUCAAGGUAGGUGGUGUUACUCAUACAAUCCACACAAGGUCCGGGGCAGAUUUUUCUGGUGGUUGCAGCUCCUCCAUCCAAAAAUCUUCUAGCUGUGAUUAUGGCUUCACACCCAAUGAGAAGUCACAAAUUCAGGAUGACACAGAUGGCAAUUACUCCUUUUCUUUCGAUAAGGGGAAACAUCUUGGAGUUAAAUGGAAAAAUAUUUCUAAAACCGAUUCUAGUUCACAAAAAGAGCAUUCUUUGAGGGGAAAGUUUGGAGAAAAUUCCAAUGAGUCUGUUCGUAAGAGCAAACGGGUUCCUAAAAGACGUAUCUUGGAUGUUGGAUUUGGUGAAGACAAUGAUGAAGAUGACGAAAUUCAAUAUCUUGGGAGACUUGGUGCUUCUAAAGUUGAUGGUGAUGAUGAUGGGGAGUAUCGAGGAAACCAGAAAGAAUGUAGGAUUUUAAGAGUUUCACAGAAGCAUUUGAUGAUGGGUGGCUUCUAUAAUGAGGCUGUGGAAGAUUAUGGAUCAUCAAGACUGGGAAAAGAUAGCAGAAAGAAAUCAAGAUCAGAGAAAGUAUAUGAGGAGGAUACAGACUAUUUGGAAGAAGAGGAACCAUUAUCUGAUGUGGAACCUGGAUCUACAGGAAAGAAGCUUAGAAAGGGAUCUCCUUAUCCAUAUGCAGAAAGGCAGAAGGAAACAACUCCUACCACACGUAAACGGGCUCUUCAGUAUGGAAGAGAUAAUUUGGAUGGGUAUUCUUCAAGUUUUGUAGAACUCUCAGAUUGUUCGCUUCCUCCCAAAUCUAGAAAGAAAAAGGAGAAACUCUCUGAAUUGGAACAGCAAUUGAAGAAAGCUGAGGCAGCACAAAGACGUAGGAUGCAAUCAGAAAAGGCAGCUCGUGAAGCUGAGGCUGAGGCAAUCAGAAAAAUACUCGGUCAAGAUUCCGGAAGGAAGAAAAGGGAAGAAAAAAUGAAGAAGCAGAGGGAUGAAAUUUUACAGGAAAAGAAUGCUAAUGCCUUAACACUUGCAUCAAAUACUAUCAGAUGGGUCAAUGGUCCAACUGGAUCAGUUGUUAUAUUCUCUGAGGAUAUAGGUCUACCCAGUAUCUUUAAUACGCUUCCCUGCAGCUAUCCUCCUCCACGUGAAAAAUGUGCAGCUCCGAAUUGCAAAAAUGCAUACAAGUAUCGGGAUUCUAAAUCAAAGCUUCCCCUCUGCAGUCUGCACUGUUACAAGGCAAUUCAUGAAAAGAUGCAGCCAUUGGUUGCCUGCUAAUUUCUUUCGAUUCUUCAUCGAUUAUUUUCAAACAAUAUUUGCUUGUAGAACUAUUAUCUGGCAAAGAAUUGAUUGGUUUGGUCUAACAGACAUUUGUGCUCAUCAUGUUGAAAUAUGGUUCCUGAAACCAGCCAUUUUGAAUAGGCCACCACCAAAUUGUGUAUGGAAGGGGAAGGUCGUUUGUGCAUACAAGAUUUCAGAUUUGAGGGUGCUUACUGUUUCUUUAA